AUACACUGGCUGGCAGCAGCUCUCCAGGGUUUCAAACAGAUGUCUUUCUCAGCUUUACCUGGGACUUUCAGCAGGCCAAGCAGGUAGUCUCCCUCUGGACUGUGGCCCUUUCCCCGCCUAGCCUGACGAUUGAGAUCGAGCUUGUGUAUGAAUCUCCAGGUCAUGCUCUGAUGGGCAAAUGGCUGAGCCUCUAUGACCCAGCUAAUCUCAAUGCCGGACUAAGGGGCUAUGUGAAAGUUCACCUCUGUGUCCUUGGAGCUGGAGAUCAGGCGCCGGAUGCAGCCCAUUUGCCAGACAGUGGCGAUUUGGAAGCCAACCUCCUGCAGGCAGCAGUAAUGCCAGCAGUACGCAGAGCCAUGCUCCAGCUCUUUGUAUACCGAGCAGAAGAUUUGUCUCCAAGUGUCCUCAACGUCGGGCAGGACCGCAGCUCGUACCAGCCCAUCGACCACCCGGAGCCGCUGCGCCCCUACCCAGACGUGGCUACCAAGGCCUCCCCACCUCCUCCUUAUUGAGGCGUCCCUUGAACCGUCCAAAGAACACUGGGCCCUUUCCUUUCUGCGCUGGGGAACAAAACCGUCUUCGCCACUUAGCCCCAACCCCACUUCUUCCUCCCCACCAGAGGAAGCGUGGUUUCUAAAAACCAGUCUAGGAAGGGAGGAAAA